CCGGUCAUCCUGCCGCCGCAGCAAGCUGCUUCCCAAGAGCUGCAUGCUCCUUCGCUCGCAGCCCCCGAUGAGGAUGGAAAAGCGGUCUCGCAGCUCCUCCAAGGAGUCCCACAGGAGGAACAGAGAGCCUGCAGACUCACAGGGCAGGAGAGAGAAGGUGGAGAGCAGAAGAGCAGCCAGCAAGGACAGAGAGGGACCCAAGAGGGGGAAAGCCAAGGAGGGCAAGAGCCCCAUGGAGACAGACAGCAGGAUGCCGAGCUCCACAGUGGUAGACGUGGACGAUGUAGUGUCUUUCGACGAGGAAACAGAGGUGAUGGCACUGCUGGAAAGUGAGCGACAAGAGGAAGGGAUGACAUCUCCCGGUCGAGGUAUCUGUGAGUGGCUUCUUACCAUCUUGUCCCUUCUCUUCAUCAUAUUAACCUUCCCCAUUUCUGUCUGGUUCUGCAUGAAGAUCGUGCGGGAGUACGAGAGAGCCAUCGUGUUCCGACUUGGGCGCCUCCUUCCCGGAAGGCCCCGAGGGCCCGGCCUUUUCUUCUUCCUUCCCUGUCUGGAUACAUACCACAAGGUAGACCGUCGCCUCAAAACCCUAGAGAUCCCCUUCCACGAGGUGGUGACCAAAGACAUGGUUACCGUGGAAAUAGAUGCAGUCUGCUACUACCGGAUGGAAAAUGCCUCUCUCCUCCUAACCAGCGUGGCCAACCUCUCCAGCGCUGUCCAGCUGCUGGUACAGACAACCAUGAAGCGCUUGCUGGCCCAUCGAUCCUUCAGUGAAAUCCUCCUGGAGAGGAAGAGCAUUGGCCAGGAAAUGAAGGUCGCCUUGGAUGCAGUCACAUGUCGGUGGGGAAUCAAGGUGGAGAGAACAGAAAUCAAUCAUGUGCGGCUGCCGGCUGAACUGCAGCAGUCCUUGGCAAUGGAAGCAGAGGCCCAGAGACAGGCCAAAGUGCGGGUGAUCGCUGCCGAGGGGGAGAAGGCUGCCUCCGAAUCCCUGAAGAUGGCAGCCGAGAUCUUAGCCAGCUCCCCAGCUGCUGUCCAGCUCCGUUACCUGCACACGCUGCAAUGCCUGUCUGCUGAGAAACCUUCCACCAUCGUCCUCCCUUUGCCCUUUGACCUAAUGAAUCUUGUAUCUGCCGCUAGCCACAACUCCACGGGCAGCAGCCUUCCCACCAGCGCUCCCAAUCACCCUGAGGCUCCAAAGGACAAGAAGGACUCCCCCAUGCUAUAGAGCCAUGCCAUGGGGAGCUGGCACCCAGGUGGCGCUGCCACGCCAAUGGACACCUUCUACCAGGUCACUUAUCUUCAAACAAGCGCCAUGGAUUGGUCUGCACCAUGCCAGCCCUCCAGCAUAAACUGUGGAGGGGUUGGGAUGGGCAGCAAGCAGGGGCCUGUGAUAUAAAGUGGGCUGGGCACAGACGUUUGAGUUUGUUUGAAGAAACAUUCCGGCUCAUCCCGCGUGUGGGGCACCGGAAUGGAGCUGGGGUGGGGACGGGGACGGGAGCUUCCUCUGCGUCUCACCAUUUCAUUGCUCCUUUCACCCUGCUGUGCUGAGGAGCAGAGGGAUGGUAUAACUGCUUCCCCCAGCCCCAGAGCUGGAGCCCUAGAGAUGGCCUCUAUCAUUCCAAUUAGGCUGACUGGAUAGACUAGGGGUGUUUUUAUUUAAGGCCCCAAAUAUCAACCUCUCCCUUCCCAACCCCCACAACAUGAUCUGGCUGGAAUCAUUUGCAUUGCAAAAGCCCGGUGCCCAGGAGAAGCGAGGAGGCCCAAAGGGACACCCCGCUGUAACAUGUCAGUCAGAGGCUGCGGAUUAUCCAGGGCUCCAUACGCUUGGGCAGUGCUUGAGAUCUUCCUGCUGUGUCACUCAUCGUGAAGUGGGUAUCUCCCCAAAGAAGGGCAGCUGGUAAGAAGUGCUGGCCCACGUACAGGGUGAGCUACAUGAGACCUCUGUCUUUCAGUCCCUCGUGCGUUCACCCCGCUGGAGACAGAUUUCGCUACCUUCGCCCCUCUCUGGGUGAAAUCCCCAUGGUCUUGGUCUGCUCCCUCGACUGGGUUUGUGGGCUGCAGCCCCCUGCCUCCCAAUCAUAUUAAUGUAGCUGGCCCAGCUGGGCUGGGCCCCUGUAAACCCUUUGCCUCCAGAAGCCUGGGGCAUCAGCUGAAUAAAGUGACUGAAAACAAGGGCAUCAGACUUACAUAUUAAUCAUUCACCCAAAGGGCCAUGCCAGUCUGAGCCAAGGGAUCACAUGAUACAGGCCUAGCCACAUCUUCCCUCUCACUUACACCAUCUUCCCUUGCAGCCUUUGGCAAGGUCCUCUCACCUACUUACCUUCAUCUCCAGCUGGAACAGCCUGCCUGCUGCGAGUGCUCCCUUACUCAGUGUGUCACUGGUAGUGUCCCCCAUGCAGGCAGCUGAUGAUGACCCACCUCCCCAAACCAGGGGAGGGGCUUUAUAGCUGUUCCUGGUCUUUUACACCUCUAGGCUUUCAGCCCUAGCACCCCCUCUGCCUGGUGCCUGGAGAACAGCAUCUUCCCACGUAAUAACCCCAACCAGUGUCAUCUUAACUCCCUUGAAGCUGUUUACCCCAGGUGGCUUAUCCCAACUAUUGCUUCAUUUCCUGCUUGUUUACCCCUAAGAGCCUCCUUUGACUGUACCCCAGACAGAUGGACAGGCUAAUGCCAAGCAGGUAAACUGAGGCACAUAGGGUGUUCAUGAAAGCUAAUGCAGAUAGCUCCCACAGUCUCCACCUGUGCAGCCGAAGCAUUGAUUGCAAAGGGCAAACUAGGGUUGGAGCAGUAAGUGGGCAGCCCCUGGGGAAUAGUGUCCCCCGAGAUCUCUGUCACUUUCCAGCUGUUCGGUUCUGGGCUGAGGUGGCCAAACGUGUGACGUAGCUAGGCCAGGGAGAGCAAAUGGGCAGCACAGCAGAAAGCAAGGUGGAGUCCUUGUUGUUCCAGCUCCUUUCUCUGUGUUAGUGUCAAUUGUUAAUGAGCUCAGGCAGCAGCCCAGUGGCCUGGUGCCACCCAAGGUUUGAGUGGGAGGGGCUGGAGGACAAGCUGGCGCACAUCUGGCUGUG